AUGGAAGAACUGUUCCGCGAUCAAAGCCAUCUACGGCCUGUCCUCAAAGGCGCCGCGCCUCUCCGCAGCGCCGACGGCAGUACCCUACUCACUGAGGAGACGAGCAUAUUACAGCGUUGGGCCGAACACUUACAAAGUGUCCUCAACCGCUCACCCACCAUCUCCGAUGCCGCCAUCGCCCGUCUGCCGUAAGUGGAGACCAACUUCGACCUCGAUAUCCCGCCCUCUCUCCACGAAACCAUCAGGGCCGUGCAGCAGCUGUCCAGCAGAGAAGCGUCCGGAUCGGACGCUACUCCUGCUGAGAUCUACAGGCACGGUGGCCCACAACUCAUGGAUCGUCUGACGGCGAUAAUCCAGGAGGUGUGGCGUCAAGAAGAAGUCCUGUUGGAUUUCAAGGACGUCACAAUCUUCCACCUCUAUAAACGGAAAGGAAACCGCCAGCUCAGCGACAACCACCGAGACAUCUCCCAGAUGAACAUCGCAUUGAAAAUGUUCGCUCGCAUCAAUCUAAUCCACCUUAAUAAUCACCUAGAACAGGGUAUUCUGCCGGAAAACCAGUGCGGCUUCCGUCGUCAUCGUGGGACCACCGAGAUGACCUUCGCCGCCUAUAAACUGCAGAAGUGGUGUUAG